AUGUAGAUGUAUGCUUCUCUUGCUCUUCUCUGCAUCGUCAUGACAGCUGUUAUGGCCCCAACAGUCUGCAUUCCUGUGAUUACAUCUGACAUGGUUCUCAUAGUUGCAAAAAUGGCUGUGGCAAGAAUAAAAAUGAUCAAAGAUGAGCACUUCCAGAUGUCACCAAAGAUUGACUUUGACCUUGGCAUUGGCACACCCAUUGAAGGCUUAAGCUCUAUUUUGAUACAUCUCAGCUACAUGAAGUUGCGAGUUCCCCCAGCACACCACCUUGGACAGUUGCAGAUGGAUCUGGAGACAUUACUCACCAGCCUUGAGAGGGUUGCAAUGUCACAGGACUGCCCGCUGCCCCAGCCAGCCAUUAAUUUGCAGAAAGAUGAAACAACUUUUCCAAUUACAUCAAGCUACCUGUUUUUGGUGGAACUACAGAGGUACCUGGAGAAGCUUUGCCUUAACCUGGACAAACUAAGGUAUUGCUGA